CUAACUUAAACCUGUCUUGCCCCCUUUUGACCACAGAUCGCGGACCACAGAUCAUAGAUCACGGAUUACGGACCACCUUCAACCUUCUUCUUUGCAUUCUGGCGUUAUUAUCCUUCUCACUUAUGGAGAAGAAAUAACACCCACUACUCCCAUUCCAUUCAUUGCUCUACCAAAAUUCGCGUUUUUCCAUCUCGAUUCGGCUUUCUGCGCGUUUCAAUCUUUCAAUUACGACUUCUAGUUUAGCAUUUUGCCCAUCAUGAAACUCCGUCAGCGACGAGUUCCGCUAUUUCUACUAGUUUUACCAUCCCUCGCCCUUGUCACCUCUGCGCUUGACUCCAGGCCCGCCAAAGAUGCUCAUGCAGCAGGUGUGGAUGGUGCAUCCCCUCAGGCUCCUCUCGACUCAACCCUUACACCCUCGAAGAAAUACGAGGUCGGUACCAAGGAUGCCCCCGUGGAUGGUAAAGAUGGAAUGCCACACGAGGGUCCAUUUGUGACUCUCGACAAGGGACGCAAGAAGACCGAUACCAACGAGGUCCCAGAAUCCAACCCCCUUUCUACCACCAAAGAAAAGCCAGCGGAACCUAUAGUCAUUGAUGGCAAGGAGAUCCCCGAGAGCAAUGACGGUGUUAUGGAUGACCCCAAUCGACUGCCCCCAAAGCAAGGUACCACGGGCACAGAGGGUGGAGUGAGCCAGAAGGAUAAGGCCAAAAAAGCCAAAGAGGGAGUCACAGGGGAGAAGGUCGAGAAUAUACCCGAGACUCCUAAGGAAAAGCCUCCCUUGCCUCACAGCGAACAAGAGAAAAUCACGGUGGAAAAGCCCAACAAGAAGGAAAAGGGCAAAGGGGACUUGCACCAGACGCCUGAGGAUAUUGCUGGGCUUGAGAAGCCCGCCGAUUUACCUGAUAAGUUGCGCGACGACCCGAAUCCGCUUCCCAAUUCAGCUCACAAAGACCAUCUCGAUGUAUCUAAGCCUCCAAAGUCAACCCCAAAAACGUGGGAGCAAAAUGACGACGGAAACGAUGGAAUUAUUCGACCCCUCCACUCUUUUGUCCUCUCCCUCACCAUGAUACUCUUUUCUGAAGUGGGUGACAAGACGUUCCUCGUUGCGGCGCUCAUGGCUAUGAAGCACGACCGUAUGGUAGUCUUCUCGGCUGCUUUUGGUGCUCUCGUGGUCAUGACCGUUUUGUCUGCUGUGCUAGGGCACACUGUACCAGCCUUGAUCCCCAAGAGAGUUACGGCAUUCCUAGCCGCAGGAUUAUUUUUUGUUUUCGGUGCCAAGAUGCUGCGGGAAGGCAUGGCCAUGGACCCGAAUGAGGGUGUUUCAGCGGAGAUGCAGGAGGUCGAGAUGGAAAUGCAAGAGAAGGAACACCAAGCGCUAAAGCAAGGCCGACGGCGCUCCUCCUUGUCACCGUACGCCCUCGAAAUGGGACUUGGCCAUAACCGGAAGUCAAGAUCCCAGUCUCGUUUCCCGACUCCGCCUAGAAGCCCCUCGACCUCGCCGGGCAGAAGCCCAUCACCUCGACGUAGCCUUCUGGGUGGGUUCGGCACUGGUCUCUCGAAUCUCUUCUCGCUCCUCCUCAGCCCCGUUUGGGUGCAGACAUUUGUGAUGACCUUCUUUGGCGAAUGGGGAGAUCGUAGCCAGAUUGCGACGAUUGCUAUGGCCGCUGGCCAAGACUACUGGUGGGUAACACUAGGUGCCAUGCUCGGCCAUGCAUGCUGCACGAGCGUAGCUGUCAUUGGUGGCAAAGCUAUUGCGGGCAAAGUGAGCUUGAAAGUUGUCACGGUCGGAGGCGCCGUUGCGUUUCUUGCAUUCGGCUUUAUCUACUUCGUUGAAGCGUUCUAUGCGUAAGCACUGUCUACGGCCUAAGAUGUCGAGGAGGCCGGCUUCCUUCCGUCGAUAACAACGUACCCCAUAUUAUUUAACAUGAUUCACCAGAAUUUAAUAAGACACGAGUGUGGCAGUUCUCAGGAGGGCUAUAAAAAGAAAAGAAAGAGGAUACCAACGGUUAAUAAGGGUCUACAUAACAGAUGAAGGGUACGGACCAAGACGUCCUGGCUGUACUAUAAUAUGUUGGGGCCGGUGGCUACAAGAGGGAAAUGGACACCGGCAUACAGAGGGAGUGGGCUAUAUCGUUGCAUGGACGGAGUUUGGAAUACAAAAUAAGAAGGACUCAAGGUGGCCAACGUCAAAUCAGGUCGUGUAGAAACCUCCGUUAAAUAUGGUAGUGGCCGAAGAAGGGAGAGGGAGUUCUCUAAUUUCAGAAUUGUUCUUACCACAUGAAUUAUAGAGAGAUUUGGUAAUUUUUGUCCACUGGACGCGACGGGAAAACAUAUAAACUA